AUGCCUGGUCCAGGUAGGGUGGCAAAGGAGAAUGCCAAGCGCCACCGGAAGGUCUUAGGGAAAAUAUCUAGGACAUUAUUAAGCCUUCUAGUCACCGUCUUGCUGGAUGGGGUGGUGUCCAGAGUUUCUGUGGGUUCACCUAUGAGGAGACUUGGGGAGCUCAAAGUGUUUCUGGAGAAUGUGAUCCGCCAUGUGGUGUAUCCAACACUUACAUGGAGUAGCCAAGCGCAGGACCCGGCCAUGGAUGUGGUGUAUGAGCUGAAAUGCCAGUCUCAAUCUGCAUGGCUUCCACGGCUUACCUCCAGGCUCCAAAAGGCCCCUUUGAAGGCCCCCCAAAAACGUCAAGAAAAGAGUUGUCAAUGCUACCUACCGUGUGAAUGUCGGAUCUAG